AUGAUACCAACCAUAGACCCCAAGGACCCUGAGUUGGUUUCUGAAGAUACGGCACAGUCCGCUUCUGCCCGGAAGCGUUCCAAGGUAUCGAGGGCUUGUGACGAGUGUCGUCGCAAAAAAAUAAAGUGCGAUGCCACUUUUUUGGCCAAUUCGAAUACCUUGCUGAAACCAUGUACAAACUGCUACAAAUACAACUGCUCUUGCAGUUUUACCAGAGUGCCCUUGAAAAGGGGUCCCAGCAAAGGAUUCGCAAGAGAUGGUUCUGGGUACGAACGCAGGAGGUCGUCAUCCGUUCAUUCAGUUUCCUCUUCGCAGAGCGUAACUUCACCAGUUCCCUCCCAUGCUUCGCUCCCUAUUCCUCCAGCCAAUCCCGUUUCCUUACCCCGUUUGAAUGUGCCAGGAGAUGGGCUUCUGUCUCCAAAGGCAGUACCGCCAACAAAUUUGUUUUGGAAGGUUCCAUACGAACUCCCAUCCUUUAGUGAUCGAAGGUCUUCUGUGGCUUCGGCUGAUUCUUUUCGCCGCCCAUCAAUCUACCAAAGUGACUCGGAGGAUGAUUUCUACUCUGCAACUGGAUCUCAGCGGAACUCAAUAUCCCAGGCACCUAGGCAAAGAAACUUGUCUCCUGCAUUAUCUGUUUCAAGUACUUCCAGUUUAAACAAUAGGAUAAAAUCCUUAAAUAUGGUGGCAUCUACUUUGGAAUCCAAUAUUCACAACUACUACUCCCAAGGCUUCAACUCAAGUCUUCCAAUUUUGCCGCUUGACGAGCGGAUUCUUUCUACCCUUCUUUCCAACGUUAGCAAUGGGUCUUCAUCGGCUUCUUGGGAUGCGAUAAGGAGUCCCAUACUGGAACUGUUCGACAAAUCUAUCUUAAUGCUUUUACGUUCCUAUGAGAGCCAAUUCAAUUUCAAUGACCUGCUAGACCAUGUCACUGAGAUGCAAUCUAUAUAUCCCCGCAUAAGAUCUCAUCUUUUAUCCGAUGAACUUCUCAAGCUAAUUUUUUUAAUGAGCGGGGUUUUGACUGAUUAUGCUCUCAUAUUAACUGGCCAACCUUACUCUACUGGUUUAUCGAUCACAGUUUCGGUUUUCAAUGACUGGAAAACGUACGAGAAUGUGCAGAGAGUUUUAGUGAUCAAUAGGGCGGGUUCCUUAGAUUUAGAUUACGAUUCACUGCCCUUUUUGUUUGCCCGUUGUUAUCUCUCUUUGGCAACUUUGGAUUUGAUUUACUCCCUUUCCUUUUCUUCGCCACGACUGAUAUCAUCUUUUGCUAAUCUGCCCAUCUUAGACAUUGUUCAAAAAUGUGGUAUCACUAAGGAUGCGAAACUUGAUGAAACCCCUCUUCCAGUACUUGACCAAUUUCUGAAUUGUUUUCUACCAGGUGACACGUAUCCAACAGCUUUGAACACCCUAAAGACUGGCCUUGUUCUAUUAGACUUCACCAAUAAUCGUUCGACAACACUAAGGUUCCCAUUCAUAAACAUACAUGAUGACAAUCAUAUGACAGGCCUAAGCCAUUUGUUAUCCAACGUAUCAGAUUUCAUGAGCCAGUUCACUGAAGUUCAUUCUGAUUCCAAAGAUUCUCAAUUGCUCUUCUUACGGUGCAUCUGGGCGUUUUGGGAAAUAGGCUCGGUCCUAUCAGAGCUAAUAGAUCAUUUUAUUUCCUCAAGUGCCAAUUCACAAGUAGGUGACAAGGAUGCAAGUUUUUUUUACGAACAUCAACUAAAAGUGACUACAUUGUUGGGCACUUUUUCCAAUAUUGCAAGCGCUUUUUUGACUUCCAGUACAACAGCUGCUUCACACCCACCUCCCAGUAUUUCGCCAUUUCAUAUUAUCUCAAUGGUAGAGUCCUUCAAGAUGGUGCAGUUUCUUAACAAAUUAAUAGCAUCUUUUAUUUCAUUGAAUGAAAAACUGGAAAAACGAGAGUUGGAAGACGAACUGUCCAAGUGUAAAGAAGAAUUAAAUAACUUGAACGAAAGAUUUCAAGCUGUUUCAUCCGUACAAACACUUCCUGUUGUUCAUGUCCUUUUCCGUGAUUUGGUUUUUUCCUCAAACAGACUUGAUACUCAAAGGGAUAGAGCUUCUUCGGUGGUGUCAGCAACAACCACAACAUCAACUGCUACAACUACAGCAACAACUAAAAAAUCGUCUUUCGGGAAUCUUCUACAUUCAGAUGAGGAGAACAUACUACCUACAGUUAUCGAUUGGUGCAAGGAACAAAAACACAGCGCUGAAAUGUUUCUAAACAAAAACGAUCUAAAUGGCUGGCUUUAUUAA